AUGUCACUUAUGCAAGAAAUCGAAACUAAUUCAAUGGAAACUCGUCAACUUCAUUCAAGUCAAAAAGAAGCAAUUAAGAAGAUAACUGAAUUUUCAGGAGAAUCUACUGAAAUUGAUAUAGACGAAUGGCUGUACGAUUUAAACAAUUUAUUCUCAUUAAUGAAAUUAAAAGAUGAAACAAGAAUUCUGGAAACGAUGGGUAAAUUAGCAGGACCUGCAUUGAGAUGGUAUCAAGAAAAUUUAAGAUCAUUCAUUAAUUGGAACGAUGCUGAAAAAGCAUUACGCGACCGGUUCAAAGAAUUUACAUCUGACAGUCAAUUAAUGCAAGAAUUCGUUCACAUUCAUCAAGAAGAAAAUCAAUCGGUUACAUCAUUUUACGAACAUGUUAUUCGAAAAUACAGAAAAGCUCGACAAUGCAUAACCGAACAACAAGUUAUUACAGUUUUACAAACUGGUGUAAAAAAUUCAUUAAAAGAAUAUUUAAUUCGAAAUGAAAAAGAUAUCACGAAACCAGAUGAGUGGCUGCAAUAUGCAAGACAAGAAGAAUACAUAGAGAAACGAAUUCAACAACAACGUAAUAAUUUUUAUUCUGAAACAACAAACCAACCAUUCUUUGAACCUAUGCUGCAAACAGCAACGAUUCAAUCAAAAUCAUUGAACGCCAAACCAUUAGGUCAACAACCAAUUACACCACAUCAUUAUUAUCAGCAACAACAUCAACACACAUCAAAAUUUAAUAAUAAUCGUAUGAAUGAAAAACAAAUCCGACAUCCAACUAUCAAAUCAAGUCGACCAUCCUAUCCGAAAACAAAAAUGCACCGAUCAGAGUCAUGCUUAAUCUGCAAUCGAAAAAACCAUUCAACCAUGAACUGUUUUUAUAAGAAGGACAACGGCUGUUUUAAAUGUGGACAAUCAAAUCAUCGAAUACGCGAUUGUCCUGAACAACAUUUUUUCGAAUAA